CAUACACAUCUCUUGGGGUGCUUAAAAUCUACAGUUGUGAGAGUCUGAUCUCUUUUCCAAUGAAAGGUUUGCCAUCUAUGCUGAGAGAACUUGAGGUUUCAUAUUGUGAUGCUUUGGAGUCCCUACCCGAGUUGAUGACACUCAAUAAUCUGCAAGAGUUGAAGGUUUCUGAAUGUGCAUCACUCACAUAUUUAUUGUCAAGAGGUGGGCUACCAUCCACACUAAAACAACUUGGGAUUGAGGGUUGCAGAAAUCUGGAGUCACUUUUUGCAGAGGAAGGGAUCAAAAUUGAUUGUCCAUCUCUUGAAACUAUUUGUAUCAAAUUUUGUUGGAGUCUCAAAUCUUUACCUGAAGCCAAUAAUCUCAGGAAUCUCAGUGAAUUGCAGAUAAACUAUUGUUAUAAUCUGGAGCCCCUGUCACUUGGCGGUCAUGAUGAGAACAACAACAACAUGAACCAACUCAGUUCGCUUCAAAAGCUGUGUUUAUAUAAAUGCAGAGCAAGAAUGGUCUCCUACUUUGUGAAGGAAGGGAGUUUCCCCACCAACAUCACUUCCCUUGAAAUCGGGGAUUUCGUCGGUCAACUUCCAGUUCCGCCUCCAUCUCCAUUAGAGUGGGGUUUGCACAAACUCUCUUCUCUUACAACACUCCACCUUGAUGGCGGAGGUUGGCCGUGGGGAGAUACGGUGUCCUUUCCAGAAGAAGGGAUGUUCCUGCCCACCUCUCUCAUCAAUUUGACCAUCAACGGUUUCCCAAAUCUGGAAAGACUCUCUUGUGAGGAGUUUCAAAACCUCACUUCUCUUGAAAGACUUGAAAUCUGGAGUUGCCCUAGGCUCGCGUCCUUUCCAAAGGAAGGGUUGCCCCCCUCUCUUUUGCAUCUACUGAUCUAUAGGUGCCCUGAGCUUGCGACCUUUCCAGAACAAGGAUUCCCUCCCUCGCUUUUGUCACUGGACAUCAGGGGAUGUAAUCCAAUACUGAAACAGAAGUGUGAAAAGGGGAAAGAAUAUUGGCCCAUCAUCCAAUACAUUCCUCAAGUAGAUGUCGUAGUAUAAGCAGCCACCUGCAAGAAUAUAUUCAUAUACUAUUGUCCAAUCAUGGCGAAAGCUCUCAUAAGUAAUAAAGGAGCAAGAGAUAUAUGAAGAAAAUUGAGAAUAAAGUCCUUUCCUGAGACUACAAUGGUAAACACCUCCCUAUUGCACAUUGUCAUGUAAGACUUUUGAUCAUUAAGACUUCAUUGCCAUGCAAGAAGGGAUUUUUUUCUUUUUUAGUAUCAAGUUGUAUUUUUAAACCAUCCUGCUUGCAUGCUGGAUUACAUUUGACAAUUACAAAGCCACACGUAAUCUUGUCAAAAUCCAUGUGGGCAAUCUGUUCUAGUAGUUGGAGGGAUUUAGGCUUCCUUUAUUAAAGGGGAGUUGAGAAGCCAUUUACCCUACUUGGAGUAUUAUUUAGAAUUCAAAUCCAAGGCAAAUAUUCAAAAAAAUAUAGGAAACUAUUAGAAAUUGGCAUACCGUAUAGAGUUUUUGUGUUUGUUUGUUUAAAUGUACUUGUUGAUUUGUUUAGACUUGUCAUGAAGUGGGCGAUAUGGAAAACAAUAAGAAGAAAACAUAAGGGGAAGUUCAUCUAAUAGUAACAAAUAGUUCUCUAAUCUUUGAUAAAAUCGGGUUCUUUUCCGGAUGGGGUUGACCAAAGACUAAAGUAUCUUAGCAGACACUAGCGAGAAAUCCUCGCUACUUUGCCGCUCCAAAAAUCUU